AUGCCGACCCCCGUGGACCCCGCUGCCUCUCUCCAUCCAUCACAGACCAACCCAGAGCAGGCUGCAAUGGGAAGCGUGGAAGCACCUUUCUCCCGUGUCUGGAAUCCUGAUCCACUGUCCCCUUUGCUCCUAGCAGGGCCCUCCCAACUCCCUGAGGGCAGCUGGCCCCCAAGGGAGAACAGGAGCAAUGGCGAAGGCAGCCUGGCUGCCAACUUCACCUUCUCCUACUACCAACACUCCUCGCCAGUGGCUGCCAUGUUCAUUGUGGCCUAUGUGCUCAUCUUCCUUCUCUGCAUGGUGGGCAACACCCUGGUCUGCUGCAUUGUGCUUCGGAACCGGCACAUGCGCACCGUCACCAACAUGUUUAUCCUCAACCUGGCAGUCAGUGACCUGCUGGUGGGCAUCUUCUGCAUGCCCACCACACUUGUGGACAACCUCAUUACCGGGUGGCCCUUCGACAACGCCACGUGCAAACUGAGCGGCUUGGUGCAGGGCAUGUCUGUAUCUGCUUCCGUUUUUACUCUGGUGGCCAUUGCUGUGGAGAGGUUCCGCUGCAUCGUGCACCCUUUCCGCGAGAAGCUGACCCUGCGCAAGGCGCUGCUCACCAUCGCGGCCAUCUGGGCACUGGCGCUGCUCAUCAUGUGCCCGUCGGCCAUCACGAUGACAGUCACACGCGAGGAGCACCACUUCAUGCUGGACGCGCGCAACCGCUCCUACCCGCUCUACUCGUGCUGGGAAGCCUGGCCCGAGAAAGGCAUGCGGCGCGUCUACACCACCGUGCUCUUCUCCAACAUCUACCUGGCGCCGCUGGCACUCAUCGUGCUCAUGUACGCGCGCAUUGCCCGCAAGCUCCUGCAGGCCGCAGCCCCUGUGCAGGCGGCCACGGAGGAGGCGGCACCGUCCGGGGAUGGUGGACGCGGGCUGCGGCGCCGAGCGCGCGUGGUGCACAUGCUGGCCAUGGUGGCACUUUUCUUCACCCUGUCCUGGCUGCCUCUCUGGGCCCUGCUGCUGCUCAUCGACUACGGGCAGCUCAGCGAGCGGCAGAUGCGGCUGGUCACCGUCUACGCCUUCCCCUUCGCGCACUGGCUGGCCUUCUUCAACAGCAGUGCCAAUCCCAUCAUCUACGGCUACUUCAACGAGAAUUUCCGCCAAGGCUUCCAGGCCGCUUUCCGCUCACAGCUUUGCUGUUAUGCCCUGCCCCGGGGGAGCCACAAAGAAGCAUAUUCCAAGCCAUCCCGAGGCCUCCUGCGCCCACGGGUCUUGGCCAGCGACGACGUGCAGCCCAGCGAUUCUGGUCUGCCAUCCGAGUCGGGGCCCAGCACCGGCGGGUCUCGACCUGGGCGCCUUGCGCUGCGCAAUGGCCGUGUGGGCCACCUUGAUGUGGCCGCUGCGGAGGAACGUGGAUGCUCACAUCUGCCCCUCACUGUACGGGCCUGGGAUACUUGA